AUGAGACCAAUUAAAUCAUUUGAAUGUGAAAACUCUAAUCCAUUAAAACUUCUCAAUACACUCACAACACUGAUAGAAUCAGUGAGUCAGAGAAUUUUAAUGCCAAGACCUGUAAACAGAAACUUAUUAGAUCCAAUAACUGACAGGAAUAUUAACCCUAGGCCUUAUCUUGGCUACAUGUUUGAAACUGCUCAACAUAAUUUAGACUCGGAAAUUUUAAAUGUAAUACGACAACGCUGCUUCGCCUUCUUACUGCAAUUACUUAAGGAAUUGCAACAAAGGCUUCCAGACAACUACAAGCAGCUAGAACCAAUGGCGUUGCUAAGUCCAGAUAAGGCAAUAAAACCAAUCAAAUCAAACACUAUCACCUGA